AUGGCGGACGGCAACUCGACCGCCGCUAUAAGACUCAGCAGCAGCCAUCGCCGCCUGAAAGUCGAAAGUGCAGUAGACUCAAUCAGUGCUCUACCUGAUGUGAUCCUCCAACACAUACUCUCUUUUGUUCCGACCGAAUUAGCCAUCGGAACUUCCCUCUUGUCGACAAGAUGGAGGCAUGUAUGGUGCGGUACACCUUCUCUCUCCUUAUGUGGAAAUACACUGACGGCUGAUUCCAUAAACGAAACCCUAACUCGCUACACAGCUCAGAAGAUGACGGAUUUUCACCUCAAAAUCAUCACGAAGAAGACUAUUGGCCACAUGCACAUAUGGAUCAAGUUCGCCAUGUCCCACAACGUGGAGAAUCUGUCCCUUGAUAUCAAUAGUGGUGGUUUCAUGAAUGAUGAUGAGUGUAACUUUCCUGAUUUCUUCUACAUCAAUUCAUCUGUCAAUCAACUCAGCAUUAAGUCAACCUAUCUUUGUAACAUCACUCCCAUAUGCUCUGUGUCUUGGACAUCACUGAAGAAGUUGUCCUUAAGUAGUUGUGGUCUCUCUGAUGAAUCCAUGGAUAAGCUCAUAUCUGGUUGUCCCUUUCUCGAAAGCUUAUCAUUGUGUUGGUGCAACAAAUUCAAGGUUCUUGAUCUCACCAAAUCACUGCGUCUGAGAGCAUUGGAAGUAAAAAUUAGUUGCGUAACGGAGAUCGUGGCACCACAUACCCAUUGUCUCAUAUUGAGAUCAGCGUUAUCAUGUACUUUAGUUGAUGCCGCGUCUUUAACCGAAUCUAAACUAGACAUAUUUUUUUUCUCAACGAACUCGAACUUCAAGCUUGAUUUUUUCCAAGCCAUGGUGCUAAAGAUGCUAGGAAAUUUACAGAACGUCGAGAAGCUUACUUUUGGGGGAAACUUUCUUCAGGUUUUAUCUCUUGCCGAGGUUCUUGGUGUUCCUUUUCCGAAGUUCAAGAACGAGCAUCUUGACAAGUACUUGAAUUUGCAAGGGUUGUACUUGAAUUUGCAAGGCUUGAACGCGGAUCAAUGCUGGAGAUCAAAAGAUGGAGUCGCUUGGAACAAGUCUCGUUGGGAUGUAGAGGUGAAGCAUGUGGUUUCGUUAGUGGAACUUGUGUUUAAAAACACAAAGACAUUAGACAAGUUGGUUGUACAGUUAAACGAACGUUACUUUAGGCAUAUCUUUGAAGACCUGGUCACGACAUUUUCUCACAAUAACAAUGUCUUCAUUUCGCUCUCCCCCGACACACCAGAUGCGUGGUGA